CUGGUCACCGUUGCAGGGUGCAGCCUCUUCACAUCCUUCUGCGACAUUCCUGCCGCCAGUUCGCAUCCUCCUCCGCCAUUUACACGUUUUAAAUUGGGUUUCCAGUAUGAUGCUAAAACUCCAGGGAGUGCAUUUGGAAGCUUGCAAUCUGGGUGUAAGGACGCCUUGUUCGAAGCGACGGGUGGAAACGAAGCAAGGGAACGGAUCAAGUCGGGUGCUCGUGUGAGUAUUGACCAGCAUUGUCAGUUAUGGAUCUCGUUCCGCAAAUCGGGCAUUGAAAGGCUCUCAAAGAGAUGGUCUACAGCGAGUGCUUGCCACCAUGGAGAGGGUGCAAGAUGGGGGGGCCACGCAGAUGAGGGUAGCAGUCCACAGCAAAGUCGGGAUCUUAUAAAGUGGGCACCCGCUUCCGCAGACUUGUUAGAAACCGCCGCCAUUAGGAGGAAUCCAUCAACCUCGGCAGCGAAGAAGCGAAGAAGGCUCGACCAUCUGGAGGGCAGAAAUCGGAUAGCCUGGACAGAAUCGCCACCGCGAUGACCGACGAGAGUCUGUACCCGCACGAGCAUUCGCGGCAUGCGAUGCUGGCGGUGUUGGCCACCACAAUGUUCUUCAUCUCCACGGACAACAUGCACAUUGUGCUUAAUAAACUCGAUGCCAACUCCAAGUGGUGGUCCAUCUACGCGAUCCUUUUAGGAUUUUUCUAUUUCUUCUCGUCGCCCUUCCUUGGAAACACCAUUCAACCAAGCUACUCCAACUUCAGCCGUUGGUAUGUGGUGUGGUUGUUGGUGGCAGCCAUGUACCACUUGCCAACCAUUCGGUCCAUGGGUGUGGAUGUGCGAAUGAAUUUGUCCCUUUUUUUAAUUCUGUUUUUGGCAUCUAUGAUGACCUUGUUAUUGUUCCAUGUUGUGUUUAUGGUUCUUUGGUAUAUUGGACUUGCAUCUCAAGAUGCAAGAAAACCCCCAAAAAUAUUAACCAUCAUUCAAAACUCUGUGGUUCUUAGUAUUGCAUGUUGUGUAUUCUAUAGCCAUUGUGGCAACCAAGUGCCACGUCAAAAGCCAACAAUGUGGUCCACAUACACUCUAAACAAGCUUGGAGAAAAAUCUAUCAAAUGGGUUGCAAGGCCUCCAGACCCAAAAUCCCAACCAUGGAACAUGCAACACAUGAAAUCUCAAGUUUGUUGGACAUGGCUUGCUCCAGUUGGUUCUGCCAAAGACUACCCAGUCUUCUCCAAGUGGGUGGUCUAUGGAGAGUUGGUAUGCAAUGAUGCAUGUAUUGGACCAUCUGAUAACAUAUCACCUGUAUAUUCAUUAUGGGCAACUUUCAUUGGCAUUUAUAUUGCCAAUUUUGUUGUAGAGCGAUCUACUGAAUGGGCACUCUCACAUCUAGCAAGCAAUGCACAACAAAGAAAUACACUUACAAAGCCUGAGUUUUUGGAUAUGGUUCCUUGGUAUUCAGGGACAUCUGCAGAUUUAUUCAAAACUGCAUUUGAUCUCUUAGUUUCUGUGACUUUGUUCCUUGGCCGCUUUGACAUGCGUACCAUGCAAGCAGCCAUGACUCAAGCUCAACAACAAAGGAGCAAGAGUGUGGUGCAUUCCCAUCUGAGCCAAAAGAGUGAGUUGUGGAUGGAUUUCAUGGCAGACACAGGAGAUGGAGGCAACUCAACAUACAGCAUUGCCCGUCUUCUAGCCCAACCCUCCCUUUGUGUUGCCGAUGAGCGGUGUUGCGGUUUCCAUAACUUGCCUCGUAGCCAGCUCCUCCUCAUUGGCGGUGACCUUGCAUAUCCCAAUCCAUCUGCCUUUUCCUAUGAGCGCCGUUUUUUCCGACCAUUUGAGUAUGCAUUACAACCUCCACCAUGGUAUAGACCUGAGCACAUAGCUGUGAGUAAACCUGAAUUGCCUGAAGGAGUUAAAUCAUUGGAAGAUUUAGAAGCUCCACAAUGUUUUGCCAUACCUGGAAAUCAUGAUUGGUUUGAUGGACUUGAUACAUUCAUGCGAUACAUUUGCCAUAGAAGUUGGUUGGGAGGAUGGUUGUUGCCCCAAUCAAAAAGCUAUUUUGCUUUGAAACUACCUCAUGGUUGGUGGAUAUUUGGACUAGAUCAAGCUCUCCACGGUGACAUCGACAUUUUCCAAUUUAAAUAUUUUAGCAACAUUGCAAAAAAUGAGGUGGGAGAAAAUGAAUCUAUAAUAAUAAUGACCCAUGAACCCAAUUGGCUUUUGGAUUGGUAUUGGGAAAAUAGUACGGGGAAAAAUGUAUCACAUCUUAUUCAAGAGCAUUUGAAAGGUAGGUGCCGCCUUCGAUUGGCUGGAGAUCUUCACCAUUACAUGCGACAUUCUAUCUCAGGAGGAGCUCAAAAUAAUUGCAUUGAGCAUUUGCUUGUUAAUGGCCAGGGAGGCGCAUUCCUCCAUCCAACCCACAUAUUUGCAAAGUUUCAAGAUUUUCAGGGGAAUAAAUAUGAAAAAAUAGCUGCAUAUCCUACAAUGCGUCAAUCUGAAAGGAUAGCAUUGGGCAACAUUUUAAAAUUCAGAAGGAAGAAUUGGCAAUUUGAUGUUAUUGGUGGUAUUGUGUACUUUGUGUUAGUGUUUUCAAUGUUUCCACAGUGUGAAUUGAAUGAAAUUUUCAACAAUGGUGAUAUUCGUGGAAUUCUCAUAGCAUUUUGGAGGACAAUGGGUCAAGCAUUCAUCCAAAUGGUGGAGCAUAGCUAUGUCUCAAUGACUGGAACCCUUGUUCUCUUGGCAUUGGCCGUGUCAUUUGUUCCCGUGAAAGUGUCACGGAGCAAGCGAAUUAUCAUUGGAUUCCUCCAUGUCACUUUGCAUCUUGUGUCUGCAAUGGUGUUGAUGUUGUUGCUUGAAAUUGGCAUUGAAACAUGUAUUCGUCACAACCAUUUGGGAACAUCGGGAUUUCAUUCCUUGUAUGCUUGGUAUCAUUCAAAGGAAGGGGAACAUUUUCCUGAUCCCAUGGGAUUGAGAGGGCGUAUUGAGCAUUGGACUUUUGGCAUGUACCCUGCAUGUAUAAAAUACUUAAUGGCUGCUUUUGAUGUCCCUGAGGUAAUGGCAGUAACCCGCAAUAAUAUAUGUGAGCAAGGAAUGUCUAGGCUUCCACGGGGUUUGGUUUUGGUGUAUUAUGCAACUGUUUUCUUAUAUUAUUGGAUAUUUUCAUGUCCAAUUGUUUCCCUUGUAUUUGGGAGUUAUCUAUACAUAUGUAUAAAUUGGUUCCAUCUUCAUUUUGAUGAAGCAUUUUCUUCACUCCGUAUUGCCAACUACAAAUCUUUCACCCGGUGUCACAUUUCUUCAAAAGGAGAUCUACAUAUUUAUACCCUUGCUAUUGACAAGGUACCAAAACAAUGGGCUUUAGACCCUCAUUGGGAAGCUGAACAAGCUUGCCAAAAGGAAGUUGAUUCACACAAGCAGGAAUUUCCAAGUAAAUGGACUCCUGUUGGUUUGUAUAAAGAGCGUAAUUGUAAUGUUCGUAUCAUUGAUUAUUUUGAAAUCAAACAAAAACCUGGUCAAACCAAACCCUCCAAAGAUGUUCCUUUGUUGCCUAGAAUGUUAUUGAGUGACACUUUAACACCAUCAAGUAGCAAUUUUGGGCAAUCUAGUUUGAUCAAUUUGAAUACCAGCAAAUGCAUGGAUCACAAGAAGCAAUGUUGUUCAAAUAUGUUGCAUAAAUCUUUGCAGUUUCCCAAUAGCAUGUGUGACUAUGGGGAAGAUAUCCCCAUAGAAAGAGGUAUUUUGAAUUGGUAUGAGAAACAUGACAUUGUGGAGAAUGGUAAUCCAUUGGAUAAUUUCAUUGAAUGGAGUGACGAAUCGUUGAUGAAAUUUGGAAGUGAACCAAACAUUUCAUCAUUUGUUUUGCCAAAGAUGUUAAUCUCCCAUGGAAAGGAAGCUUGUAUGGAUCAAUGGCCAAGUUUGUGUUUACCUACUCAGUGCCAAAAUCUGAUGGAGCAUGAACCACCAUUAUGGGAAAAUGAUGUUAGGGUUGUUUUAUUUAAUGAAGCAGAGGGUUUACAAGAAUUUGAAAUCAACAAUAUAUUGAAUUCAAAUAUUGAAAACAUACAUGAUCUUAAUGCCAACAGAAGCAACAUUGAGAACUCCAAAAUCAGUAUUGAAGGCAAUAGCUUGGAAAAAAGUUGUGAAAAUGCAGUUUAUAACACAAGUUUAGACCCUGAACAUGAUAUAAUAGAUCAAUAGAAUUCUAAUCAUAUUAUCAACAAAUGAAUUUGAUGGCAAGAGGGUUUGAUAUUAAUGUUGUACAUAUAAUAUAGUGGAAGAUUCCUCAUAUGUGCAUGUACAUGUGUAUAUAUAUAUAUAUAUAUAAAUAUAUAUACGAACAGAACACACAUUUUAAAUAAAUACAGGAUUAGUUUGAAAGAUAUGUUAGUUUUCUUAAUCAUUUUACAAGAAAACUAAAAUUUUAAAAAACCACCAAACCUGAACACAAAUAAAACAAUGUGUAA